UGAAUGGCUUCCAAUACUCUCAGGUUCUUUCAACCUAUCCAGGUCCCAUCUCCCUGGUACCCUACCUUUUGUAGUUUCUGUAGUUCUAAUUUACAGUUCAUAACCAAUAAAUUGUGGUCAGAGUCCACAUCUCCCCCUGGAAACGUCUUACAAUUCAAAAUGUGGUUCCAAAAUCACUGUCCUACAUUUACAUAACCAAUCUGAAAUCUUACGGUGUCUCCAGGUCUCUUCCACGUGUACAGCCUUCUUUCAUUAUUCUUAAGCCAAGUGUUAGUUAUUAUUACAUUAUGCUCUGCACAAAUCUCUACCAGGUGGCUUCCUCUCUUAUUCCGUUCACCAAGUCCAUAUUCACGUACAAUUUUUCCAUCUUUUUCCUAGUACAGAAUACCAGUGCCCCAUCACAGUUAAAUUUUCGUGUGCUUUAACAAGGUGACAAAUUUGUUUUACUUCACGAUACACUUCUUCAGUCUCUUCACCAUCUGCAAAGUUAUUUGGCAUAUAAACUUGUAAUAUUGUGUUGCGUUUGGCUUUGUAUUUAUCUGUUUACUAUGCUGUUCACAGUCGCUUACCCACAUCCCUACUUUCUUAUUCACUAUUAAAUCUGCACCUGCAGUUCCCCUGCUUGAUUAUGAGUUUGGAACGUUGUAUUCACCUGACCAGAAGUCCUGUCUCUCCUGCCACCGCACUGCACUAAUUCCUACUAUAUCUAACUUCAUCCUAUACAUUUCCCUUUUUAAAUUUUCUAUCCUGCCAGCACGAUUAAAGGAUCUAACAUUCCACCCUCCGAUCCGUAGAACACCAGUUUGUUUCCCCUGAUGACGACAUCCUCCAGAGUACUGCCCGGCAGAAGAUCCGAAUGGGGGACUAUUUUACCUGUGGAAUAUUUUACCUAUGAGGAUGCCAUCAUCAUUUAACCGUACAAUAGAGCUGCAUGCUCCCGGGAAAAAUUACGGCUAUAGUUUCCUCUUGCUUUCAGCAAGGCUGUUUUGGUUGAUGUUACGACGCCAGACCAGUCAGUCAGCCAGACUGUUGCCCCCGCAAAUACUGACAAGAAUGCUGCCACUGUGCAGGAAUCACACGUUUGUCUGACCUCGCAACAGAUGCCCUUGCGCUGUGGUUGCACCUACGGCGUGGGCGUAUGUACCGUAGAGGCCCACAAGCCACUCCUCCGGCGAAAGGUCCGCGAUUCAUGGACGAUGGACUCAUUUGUAACCUUCAGGUGUUAUUUCACUGCACUAGCAAUGUAACAUCGCCAUACAGCUGCAUCAUCCAAUUUAUUUUGAUAUUCAGUUGACGUACAGUCGAUCUUAAUAGUAUUUAGUCCCGUCAUCGUGUAUCAAACAGGCCCUCGAAAUCGAUAACUUCAGCUGAUUUCAUAAUAGCGUUCCCCUAUUCUCGAUAUCUAUGAUACUUGUCUGUGGUACUUUUGACACUCCAAUUUCGAGGCACGAUUGAACUUGAUCAGACUAGAAUUGAAGGAAACGGUGGAAGAAGCUGUUGAGUCGUUAAAAUGUAUUUUGAGUUAAGCGUGUUAUUUGUUUUGUUAAGCCGGCCGAGGUGGCCGAGCGGUUCCAGGCGCUACAGUCUGGAACCACGCGGCCGCUACGGUCACGGGUUCGAAUCCUGUCUCGGGCAUGGAUGUGUGUGAUAUAUUUAGGUUAGUUAGGUUUAAGUAGUUCUAGGUUCUAGAGGACUGAUGACCUCAGAAGUCCUAUAGUUCUCAAAGCCAUUUGACCCAUUUUUGAACCAUUUGUUUGGUUAAAUUCAAAGACAAGAGUAUAAAUAAAAUAAGACAAAUCGAACUUUAUACUUUUCCUAUUGGCUCAUAUGGAAAAAUCGAUAUUGUAAUCAACCUACAGCCGGCCGAUGUUGCCGAGCGGUUCUAGGCGCUACAGACUGGAACCGCGCGACCGCUACGGUCGCAGGUUAGAAUCCUGCCGCGGGUAUGGAUGUGUGUGAUGUCCUUAGGUUAGUUAGGUGUAAGUAGUUCUAAGUUCUAGGGGGCUGAUUACGUCAUAUGUUAAGUCCCAUAGUGCUCAGAGCCAUUUGAACCAUUUUUUAAUCAAUCUGCUGCUAACUAAAUUCAUGGUUCACUAUCGUCUACAGAGCCCUUCAGCUUUUAUUAGCAGGCUAGCCGGAAGUGCAGGAGACUGAGACUGAAGGGACACAACAAGUUUUGGAGCCACAGAUGGGUGCCCCGUGGAGGCAGCUGCUGGUGGCGGCCGCUUGGCUGUCGGGGUCGACGGCGGCCCGCAUCCUGGCCGUGUACAGCGUGCCGGCCUGGAGCCACUGGAACGUGUUCCGGCCACUGCUUUGGGAGCUGGCUGAGAGGGGGCACCACGUCACCAUCCUCACCUCGCACCGUGAACCCCAGCCCCACCACAACUGGACCGUUGCGCCAGUCGGCGAGCACCUCGAUCUGAUGCCGGGCACGUACAUAGAUGUUUUCUCCUUUGGGGCGGACAAGAUCGGUAUAAUGAGGCGCUUGAUGCGGUACGGCGAGCGUUCGUGUCCGAGGCUGAUGGAAGAGCCCGAGGUUCAGCGACUACUGGCGUCGCCGGACGAGAGCUUCGACCUGCUCAUCACGGAGCUGUUCUUCAACGACUGCCUGCUGGUGCUCGCCCACAAAUUCCGUGUGCCCAUAGUGGGGACCUGCCCCUUCGAGGGGGCGCCCUGGAUGGACGACAUGGUGGCCAACCCGCGGCCGUCCGCCUACGUGCCCGACGCCUUCCUGGACUACGGUCGGCUGGACUCCCUGCUGGACCGCGCUCACAACGCGGCCUACGGCCUCCUGGUGAGGGCGUACCGCCGCUACGUCUACCUGCCCGCAGUCGAUGCCGUCGUGCAGAACUUCGUGCCCGGCGCUCCGCCUCUGGCCCAUCUGGAGCGCACCACGUCCCUGGUCAUGAUCAACUGGCAUCUCAGCUUCAACCGCCCGCGGCCGAUGCUUCCCAACGUUGUCGGUUAUGGAGGAAUGCACAUAAAGGCUCCCAAGGCUCUCCCACAGAAUAUACAGAAGUUCCUUGAUGACGCAGAGAAUGGAGCUAUAUAUUUCAGUCUUGGCACCAAUGUUAAAAGUACAGACAUGAAAAACGAGACGAAAUUGGCCUUCGUUGAGGCUUUCUCGCGUCUGAAGCAGAGAGUAUUGUGGAAGGUCGAUGAGGACGAGCUGCCAAAACAACCAAGUAAUGUUAUGACAUCUAAAUGGUUGCCACAGCAAGAUAUAUUAGCUCAUAAGAAUGUUCGUUUAUUUAUGACUCACGGCGGUCUCAUGGGUAUUCAAGAGGCAAUAUACCAUGCAAUACCGGUCAUAGGAUUCCCUGUCUUCGCAGACCAGUUCCACAAUAUGAACAGAGCUGAGGAGCUUGGAUUUGGAAUUAAAAUCACAUUUGCAAACAUAUCUCUGGAGUCAAUUACUUGGGCCGUCAGUGAAGUACUGGAAACUUCCAGUUAUCGAGAAGCAGUGCAGUACAGAUCUCGGCUGUUCCAUGACAGUCCAAGGACGCCUCUGGAAGAAGCAGUUUACUGGAUAGAAUACGUCAUAAGGCACAAAGGAGCUCAACAUUUGCGUUCAGGGGCUCUUGAUCUCUCGUGGUUCCAGCUGCUCUUGCUGGAUGUUGUUGGUGCUAUUAUUCUAGUUACAGUUAUACUUCUCUUUAGUGUCUCUGUGAUACUCCGACUGCUGUUGAGAACGAUUAGGCAUGUUCCCGCUGUAAUGACCAAAAAGAAAGUUUCCAAACGAGACUAAAUUUUCAGGGACUGCUCCCGUCUGGCACGUGCCCUUCGCUGUAGGACCCAGAAGUGUGUGAACGCAGUUAUCACGUAAAAAACAUAAGUUGUCGCAAGAGUUCUGCGGGCUACUUCCGUGGUCGGUCAUAAAUUUGACCUACCUCUUUACCUCUAGUCUGUGCUGGCGCCUCCAUAGAGUUACACUAAGAGAUACGUCACGGUACUGUUUGGAUCAAGUACUUACUCGUCCUGCACUCCGAGCUGGCGCCCGUCUGGUACAUAAUUAUCACUCACUUUGGCACCCUUUGUCCCGGCAGAAGUGACACUUGUUGACUGGAAAUAUUAUGCUUGUACCUGAGGCUCACUAUUUCACUGCCAUACUGGGGUACUAUCGUCUUGAUAAUAAAAAAGAAAUGUCAUUAUUUCACAUUUAUUUAAGAUAACCAUAAGAACUCUACUCUUGAACUGAUAAAUUUGUACAAAGUUCUCAACCGUUCACCGGCACUGAUGAUCAUUCCGGAUACGCAUGUAAUAUUACGAUCUAGUAAAACGUGUGAAAUAGAUAAAUAAAAUAAUAACCACCCCAGCAA